AUGCAGGAGAGCCAAACCAAGAGCAUGUUCGUGUCCCGUGCCCUGGAGAAGAUCCUAGCCGACAAGGAGGUGAAGCGGCCCCAGCACUCCCAGCUGCGCAGGGCCUGCCAGGUGGCGCUCGAUGAAAUUAAAGCAGAAAUAGAAAAGCAGAGGCUUGGCACUACUGCACCACCAAAGGCAAACUUCAUUGAAGCCGACAAGUAUUUUCUUCCAUUCGAGCUAGCCUGCCAGUCCAAGUCCCCACGGGUGGUCAGCACAUCCCUCGACUGCUUGCAGAAACUCAUCGCAUAUGGGCACAUCACUGGCAACGCCCCUGACAGUGGAGCACCUGGGAAGCGGCUGAUCGACAGAAUUGUUGAAACCAUUUGCAAUUGUUUUCAGGGCCCUCAGACCGAUGAAGGGGUUCAGUUACAAAUAAUUAAGGCUCUUCUGACAGCAGUGACGUCCCCACACAUUGAAAUUCAUGAGGGUACUAUCCUUCAGACAGUGAGGACAUGUUACAAUAUCUAUUUGGCCAGCAAAAAUCUCAUCAAUCAAACCACUGCCAAGGCUACCCUUACUCAGAUGCUCAACGUCAUUUUCACCCGCAUGGAAAACCAAGUGUUGCAGGAGGCCAGAGAACUGGAAAAACCAAUCCAGUCGAAACCUCAGUCCCCUGUGAUCCAAGCUGCAGCAGUAUCCCCAAAGUUCGUUCAUUUGAAGCACAGCCAGGCACAAAGCAAACCAACAACUCCCGAGAAAACAGAUUUAACCAAUGGUGAACAUGCCAGGAGUGAUUCUGGAAAAGUAAGCACAGAAAAUGGAGGCGUGCCCAGAGAAGGAGGCUCAUCGCUGUCAGGGACUGAUGAUGGAGCCCAGGAGGUGGUGAAGGACAUUUUGGAAGAUGUAGUCACCUCCGCCAUUAAAGAAGCAGCGGAAAAGCAUGGUCUGACAGAACCUCAGAGAGCUCUAGGUGAACUGGAGUGCCAGGAAUGUGCUAUUCCUCCAGGAGUUGAUGAAAACUCACAGACCAACGGGAUAGCAGAUGACAGGCAGUCUUUGUCAUCAGCAGAUAAUCUGGAAUCUGAUGCACAAGGACAUCAAGUGGCUGCCAGGUUCUCCCAUGUUCUGCAGAAGGAUGCCUUCCUUGUGUUCCGCUCCCUGUGCAAGCUGUCCAUGAAACCCCUUGGUGAAGGCCCUCCAGACCCAAAAUCCCAUGAGCUACGUUCCAAGGUGGUUUCCCUGCAGCUGCUUCUCUCUGUGUUGCAAAAUGCUGGCCCUGUGUUCAGGACUCAUGAGAUGUUCAUCAAUGCAAUCAAGCAAUAUCUCUGUGUGGCCUUGUCCAAAAACGGCGUCUCUUCAGUGCCUGAUGUCUUUGAGCUCUCUCUUGCCAUUUUUCUUACUCUUCUUUCAAACUUUAAAAUGCACUUGAAAAUGCAGAUAGAGGUCUUUUUCAAAGAAAUUUUCCUGAACAUUUUAGAAACAUCAACAAGUUCUUUUGAGCACAGAUGGAUGGUCAUUCAGACUCUGACAAGGAUCUGUGCAGAUGCCCAGUGUGUUGUGGAUAUUUAUGUCAACUACGACUGUGAUUUAAAUGCUGCUAACAUUUUCGAGCGCCUUGUAAAUGAUUUAUCCAAAAUUGCUCAGGGAAGAAGUGGACAUGAGCUUGGAAUGACACCUCUACAGGAGCUCAGCCUGAGGAAGAAAGGCCUGGAGUGCCUCGUGUCCAUUCUCAAGUGCAUGGUGGAGUGGAGCAAAGACCUGUAUGUGAAUCCCAACCACCAGACCAGUCUCGGUCAGGAGAGGCUUGCGGAUCAGGAAAUGGGGGAUGGGAAAGGCCUUGACAUGGCGAGACGGUGUAGUGUGACAUCCAUGGAGUCCACAGUGUCCUCGGGGACCCAGACAACCAUUCAGGACGACCCUGAGCAGUUUGAAGUCAUCAAGCAACAAAAGGAAAUCAUCGAACACGGCAUCGAGCUGUUCAACAAGAAACCCAAGAGGGGGAUCCAGUUUCUCCAGGAGCAGGGCAUGCUGGGAACGUCAGUUGAAGACAUAGCCCAAUUCCUGCACCAGGAGGAGCGCCUGGAUUCUACCCAAGUAGGCGAUUUUCUGGGCGAUAGUGCAAGGUUCAACAAGGAGGUGAUGUAUGCCUACGUGGACCAGCUUGACUUCUGUGAAAAAGAAUUUGUCUCAGCUCUGCGGACAUUCCUAGAAGGUUUCCGCCUACCUGGGGAAGCCCAAAAGAUUGACCGAUUAAUGGAGAAGUUUGCUGCAAGAUACAUAGAAUGCAACCAAGGGCAAACUCUGUUUGCUAGUGCUGACACUGCUUAUGUCCUAGCAUAUUCAAUUAUUAUGCUAACUACAGACUUGCACAGUCCUCAGGUAAAAAAUAAAAUGACAAAAGAGCAGUAUAUUAAAAUGAAUCGGGGUAUCAAUGAUAGUAAAGACCUGCCAGAAGAGUAUCUCUCAAGCAUCUAUGAAGAGAUAGAAGGCAAGAAAAUUGCAAUGAAAGAAACAAAAGAGCACAGUAUUGCAACCAAAUCUACAAAGCAGAAUGUGGCUAGUGAAAAGCAGCGGCGGCUCCUGUACAAUUUGGAGAUGGAGCAAAUGGCUAAAACAGCCAAAGCUCUGAUGGAGGCUGUGAGCCAUGCUAAAGCCCCGUUUACAAGUGCCACUCACUUGGACCACGUCCGGCCAAUGUUCAAACUGGUGUGGACGCCACUGUUGGCAGCCUACAGCAUUGGACUCCAGAACUGUGACGACACUGAAGUGGCCUCCUUGUGUUUGGAAGGCAUCCGAUGUGCAAUCCGGAUUGCCUGCAUCUUUGGAAUGCAGCUGGAACGAGAUGCCUAUGUUCAGGCUCUUGCUCGCUUCUCCCUGCUCACAGCCAGCUCCAGCAUCACAGAAAUGAAGCAGAAAAACAUCGACACCAUUAAGACACUUAUCACAGUGGCUCACACUGAUGGCAACUACCUUGGGAAUUCUUGGCAUGAGAUCUUGAAAUGCAUCAGCCAGCUGGAGCUCGCUCAGCUGAUAGGAACGGGUGUGAAGACCCGUUACCUGUCUGGAUCUGGGCGUGAAAGAGAAGGGAGCCUGAAGAGCCACACAUUGGCAGGAGAAGAGUUCAUGGGCCUUGGCCUGGGUAAUUUGGUGAGUGGCGGAGUGGAUAAAAGACAGAUGGCCAGCUUUCAAGAAUCGGUUGGUGAGACCAGCUCGCAGAGUGUGGUUGUAGCUGUGGACAGAAUUUUUACUGGAUCUACCAGACUGGAUGGAAAUGCUAUAGUUGACUUUGUACGCUGGCUAUGUGCUGUGUCCAUGGAUGAACUGGCCUCCCCCCACCAUCCUCGCAUGUUCAGCUUGCAGAAGAUUGUGGAGAUAUCAUACUACAACAUGAAUCGGAUCCGACUGCAGUGGUCUCGCAUAUGGCAUGUGAUUGGAGAUCACUUCAAUAAGGUUGGCUGCAACCCUAAUGAAGAUGUGGCUAUCUUUGCUGUUGACUCAUUAAGGCAGCUCUCCAUGAAGUUUCUUGAGAAGGGUGAAUUAGCCAACUUCCGUUUCCAGAAAGAUUUUCUGAGGCCCUUUGAGCAUAUUAUGAAGAAAAACAGGUCUCCCACCAUCCGGGACAUGGUGAUCCGCUGCAUUGCCCAGAUGGUGACCUCCCAGGCGGCCAACAUCCGCUCAGGCUGGAAGAACAUCUUUGCCGUGUUCCACCAGGCAGCCUCUGAUCAUGAUGGGAACAUUGUGGAGCUGGCCUUCCAGACCACUUGCCACAUUGUCACAACUAUUUUCCAGCACCAUUUUCCUGCAGCCAUCGAUUCCUUUCAGGACGCUGUGAAAUGCUUAUCAGAGUUCGCCUGCAACGCCGCUUUCCCUGACACAAGCAUGGAAGCGAUUCGGCUCAUCCGCUUCUGUGGCAAAUAUGUCUCUGAGAGGCCUCGGGUGCUACAAGAAUACACAAGUGAUGACAUGAAUGUAGCUCCUGGUGACAGAGUCUGGGUCCGAGGCUGGUUCCCCAUCUUAUUUGAACUUUCCUGCAUCAUUAAUAGAUGCAAGUUAGAUGUACGAACAAGAGGACUCACAGUCAUGUUUGAGAUCAUGAAGAGCUAUGGCCACACCUUUGAAAAGCACUGGUGGCAGGACCUGUUCAGAAUCGUGUUUCGGAUUUUUGACAAUAUGAAACUCCCUGAGCAGCAAUCAGAGAAAUCUGAGUGGAUGACAACAACCUGCAAUCACGCACUUUAUGCUAUUUGUGAUGUUUUUACCCAGUUUUAUGAAGCUUUGAAUGAAGUUCUUCUUUCUGAUGUGUUUGCACAAUUGCAGUGGUGUGUAAAACAAGAUAAUGAACAGUUGGCUCGAUCAGGUACAAAUUGCUUAGAAAACUUAGUAAUAUCCAAUGGAGAGAAAUUCAGUCCUGAAGUCUGGGAUGAAACCUGCAACUGUAUGUUGGAUAUUUUCAAAACAACCAUCCCACAUGUUUUGCUGACAUGGAGACCCGCAGGAAUGGAGGAGGAUUCAUCAGAAAAGCAUAUGGAUGUGGAUCUGGACCGCCAGUCUUUAAGCAGCAUAGAUAAAAAUCCCUCUGAGAGAGGCCAGAGCCAGCUCUCUAACCCAACAGAUGACAGCUGGAAGAGUAGACCAUAUGCAAAUCAGAAACUGUUUGCCAGCCUCCUCAUCAAGUGUGUGGUCCAGUUGGAAUUGAUACAGACCAUUGACAACAUUGUGUUCUACCCUGCGACCAGCAAAAAGGAGGAUGCAGAGCACAUGGUUGCUGCCCAGCAAGACACGCUGGAUGCAGAUAUUCACAUAGAGACGGAGGAUCAGGGCAUGUAUAAGUACAUGUCUUCCCAGCACCUCUUCAAGCUGUUGGACUGUUUGCAGGAAUCCCAUUCAUUCUCAAAGGCCUUCAACUCCAAUUAUGAGCAGCGGACUGUCCUGUGGCGAGCAGGUUUUAAGGGCAAGUCUAAACCCAAUCUUCUAAAACAAGAAACCAGCAGCCUGGCCUGUUGUUUGAGGAUCCUGUUUCGAAUGUAUGUUGAUGAGAACCGCAGGGAUUCCUGGGAAGAAAUACAGCAGAGACUUUUAACUGUUUGCAGUGAAGCUCUUGCCUAUUUCAUCACCGUGAAUUCUGAAAGCCAUCGGGAGGCCUGGACAAGUCUCCUGUUGUUACUUCUAACCAAAACCCUCAAAAUAAAUGAUGAAAAGUUCAAAGCACAUGCUUCAACGUACUACCCCUACUUGUGUGAAAUUAUGCAGUUUGACCUGAUCCCUGAGCUUCGAGCAGUUCUGCGGAAAUUCUUCUUACGGAUAGGUGUUGUGUAUAAGAUAUGGAGUCCAGAAGAGCCAUCACAGGUACCAGCAAUACUGUCACCAGUGUGGUAGCCUUGGCUGCCCAGGCCACUGCUGCAGCUCUGCAGAAUGUUCAGCAUGCCAUCUCUGACUGGCACAUCUCGUAAAGGGUCAGAGAAACAAGGAAUUGGCAUCUUGGAUCUCAGAAUGGCCUGGAUACAGAUGGCUUCUAUGCUGCUCCAUCACAGUCCCCAACUAAGGCUUAUGGUAUUUCAUUAAACUAUUGCAUACCCAGUUAGCACAGUAGGUGGGGAGUCUGCUUCAUUUCUGUCAUUCCAUUUUUCUUAUUAAACUGUCAAAUCUGUCAUUGCACAUGCAUCAUUUUCUAGCAAAAUCCCAUGAUUGGCUAUAAAUGUUUUGUUAAGAAGUCACUCUCCUUCAAAAUACCGAACAUAGCUAUAUAGAUUCAUGAUAAUUAGAGUAUGUUAAUAAAACUUCUUGUAACGGCUAACUGCCACCUAAAAUAUGCUGGGUUUUUUGUUGUCGUUUGAGUGUGUUAGAGAAAUUUGAGUGUUUUUGUCAGUUACGAGUCAGCCGUAAUUAGAGUAGUUUAGGGACAGACUGGGAUUAGAGAAGGGUUGUUUUUUGUGUUUUGUUAAUGUCUGAGUGAUUUUUAAAGUAUUUUCCAAAAAGAUACUGAAAAUUUGAUUGAAGUCAGAGUUUAGUAACUAAGCCAGAAUUGAGAGUUUUGCGAGGUUAAAAAAAAUGUGCCUCGUGGACCUCCCUGUUUUAGUAACGUGGGGAGGAAAAGUCUACAGAAAAAAGUGAACAAUUUAAUGAAGAUGAUUAGCCUUCCUUGAAGUAUUUGUGGAUGGGUGUUAAAUGAAAAUUUCCAGAAUACACUGUCCAUCUCACACACUCUGAAAUCUAAUAUAU